AUGACUCUUAAAGUAUCUUCUUAUGGACAAGGACAGACACAGGGACAAGGACAGACACAGGGACAAGGACAGACACAGGGACAAGGACAGACACAGGGACAAGGACAGACACAGGGACAAGGACAAACACAGGGACAAGGACAGACACAGGGACAAGGACAGACACAGGGACAAGGACAGACACAGGGACAAGGACAGACACAGGGACAAGGACAGACACAGGGACAAGGACAGACACAGGGACAAGGACAGACACAGGGACAAGGACAAACACAGGGACAAGGACAGACACAGGGACAAGGACAGACACAGGGACAAGGACAGACACAGGGACAAGGACAGACACAGGGACAAGGACAGACACAGGGACAAGGACAAACACAGGGACAAGGACAGACACAUGGACGUAAAGGAAGACACCGGGACGUGAAGAAAGACACAUAUAAGGACAAAGACAGACACAUGGCCGUGAACACAUACAGGGACAAAGACAGAGAGAAACAGAAUGGGGCACAAAUACUGAAACAGAGUCCGGGACAGAUGGCGCCAG